UGAGAUAAAACCCUUUGUUUCAUUACUCCAUUCGUCUAUCUCACUCCUUAAGCCUAUAGUGUGAUAGAAAAUCAAACAACACAAACAAACAAAGAAACUCAACGCACGCAGACUUCAAAAUGCCUCUUCCUUCAUCACAAUGAAGAAACCUUUUCUCUUCAUCUUCUCCAUAGAAGAUGUCUCUCUCACACCAACAAUCUCCUUCCUUCCUCGACGCCCUUCUCUGUGAAGAGCAAAACUUUGAAGAUGAUGAUUCCGAUGCAACCGUCACUGAUUCUGAAACCGUUUUUGAUGACCCAUCUGGGGCAAAGCUGCAGUCUUUGCCUUUGGUUUUGCUUAGCAAUGAUGUGUUUUGGGAAAGCGAUGAGCUUGUUUCGUUGAUUUCUAAAGAGGGUGAGACCCGUUUGUGUUGUGGGAAUCUUGUUGGGGAUGGAUCUUUGGAAGAGAUUCGUGUGGAGGCUGUCAACUGGAUUUCUAAAGUUUGUGCUCAUUAUGGGUUUUCUACUUUGACUACUGUUCUUGCUGUUAACUACUUUGAUAGAUUUAUUACUAGUUUGAAGUUUCAGAAGGAUAAACCAUGGAUGACUCAGCUUACUGCUGUUGCUUGUUUGUCUCUUGCUGCUAAAAUGGAGGAAACCCAUGUGCCACUUCUUUUAGAUUUUCAAGUUGAGGAAUCUAGAUUUGUGUUUGAAGCUAAGACUAUACAGAGAAUGGAGCUUUUGGUGUUGUCUACUUUGAAAUGGAGGAUGCAUCCGGUGACACCAAUUUCCUUCUUUGAACACAUUGUUAGAAGGCUUGGUUUGAAGAGCCGUUUGCACUGGGAGUUUAUGUGGCGUUGUGAGAGGGUUCUUCUUCAUGUCAUUGCUGAUUCAAAAGUUAUGAUGAGUUAUCUUCCUUCUACAUUGGCCGCUGCUACAAUGAUCCAUGUAAUUAAAGAGAUUGAACCAUUUAAUGCAACUGAGUACAUUAAUCAGCUAUUGGGUUUACUAAAGAUUAGUGAGGAACAAGUGAACCAAUGCUACAAGCUUAUGCUGAAGCUAUUAGUUUCCGAUGAUGGCAUUUAUAGUCUUCACCAGAAACGGAAGCGAGUAUCUGAACCAAGUAGCCCGGGUGGUGUCAUUGACGCUUCUUUCAGCUGUGAUAGCUCAAAUGAUUCAUGGACCGUGGCAUCGUCUGUUUCUCUUUCAGUGCAGCCGAUGUUUAAGAGGAGCAGAGCUCAGGACCAGCAGAUGCGACUUCCUUCUGUGAAUCGUGUGUCUAUCGAUGUCCUUAAUAGCCCUCGUUAAUAAUGAACGAUCUUAGUAUUUUUACUUCAAAUGUGGUAGCUCUCUUUCACAUAAUUCUGGUGGCAGUUAUGUUAUUGAUUCCAAUUACAUUAUGUUCUAAUUACUAUAUACAUUUCUAGCCAAACAUUUGAAAAUGAAUGGAAUGAGGCAGAAGCUGAGAUUCCUUCAUCCACUUUGUCUAUUAAGGUGGAGCAGGGAUCUGAUACUGAGUAGAAAGAUGAGUUAUGAACUUGUAAUUCUACCUGUGAGUUAUUUAUCAACUUCAACUUUUACUCA